AUGUCUGCAGCUGGCAAGAGAAAGAGAGAAGACGGACGCACGGCCUCCGUCUUCAUAUGCCACGCCAAACGGCACGUCGAAAAGAGGACCCCGCUGAUCAUCGUCGAGAACACGAAGUUCCUCCGCAUACAGAUGCUGCGGGCCAUGUUCGGCGAGCACUACACGUUGCACAUCCUUCACUGUAACACUGCAGCGGUGGGCCACGCUGGCUCCAGCCGUGACAGGGUGUACGUUAUUCUAGCCCACAAGCAGCGCACAUGCAUGCAGUAUGAGCCCCAGAAACUCUACGACAAUAUUGCCACAGCGAUCUCGGCCAGAGCGGCUACAGCUCCGAAGGACUACUUCGUGGCAACCAGCACAGAUAUCCGCCUGCAAGUAGAUGCAAUCUGCCGAAAGCGGAAGCUGACGGUGACCUCUGCCACCUGGGCUGUCGCAAAGAAGCUGCACCGAGAUGCGGCCAACGUGGACUGCAGCUUCGUCCUGAAUGACAGGGAAAAGAGAGUGGUGGCAGACCUCAACGAAGAGUACCGGAAGCGCUACAAUGCUGACCCCAACCUGGAUGACAACCUCGUCUACCACGUGGGAGACAGUGCUCAGUAUCGAACCUGGUCGGCGACCUCAAAUUCCUUGCCUACCUUGAAGCGUUGUUCUGGUCUUAUGUGGUCGCCGAAGCGGCGGCGGUGCAUGACUAGCCGCGAGCUGCUGGCGAGUUUGGGCUUCCCGGUGACACAGGCUACUGCAGAUGCCAUGAUGGUGCCGCAGUUUCCUACCCUAGAUCCUAGCAGAGCCUCUCAGAUUGCCGGGAAUGCUAUGAACUGGUUAAGUGUGCCGCCACUGGCAGAAGGAACUUCAAAGCAGCACCUUGCUGAUCCUGAUCUGACUCGCCAGGGCUCAUUUGCUGUGGCAGACGUAGCACUAGUGCACGUUGACAUAGGCGGCGUCGGUCCCGAUCUGGACCCGGAAGCAGAUGAAGACCUACCUCCUUCAAGCAAGGGCAAGAGAAACAAGCCAGCCGGUAAGAAAGCCCCAAAGACACCGGACAAUGAGGAGGAAGCGGAGGACGACAGAUCUUUGAGAGGAGCCAAAAAAAACGCCAAAGCAGCCCUCAAUCCCAAGAGAGUCACCAAGAAAGCCUUUUCUGAUGCUUCUACGGAUCCGGAGACAUCCGAUGACCAGAGGCCGUCGAGAAAAUCGAUCCAAACCGGAUCAAGACUCAGAGCCGCGAAGAGAGUCCUCAAGAAAACCGCACCCGUUGCAGAGGAGACCGAUGAAGAGGAGGAGGACGAGAAUAGUGAUGCCUCGGGUGCGCUCGCUAAGAACUGUCAUUUUGGAGACUGGCUGGCCGAGAUCGAGCCGAUUUUCCUGAACAAAUCUGUCUCGAAAAAAUUGGAUCGGGACACGCACUUCCUGCGUGUGAAGGCUGAGAUGCUACGAGCAUGCAAGAACGAGUACAUUCGCCGUGGCUCCCCUCUGAGCCACACGUGCUGGAAGCUUGGUUUCAGCGAGAUGCAGCCGCGGACGACCGUGCCUGACAUCGUUGCCUACAUGACAGCCAGGUGGGCAAAUGCAAAAGAUGAGGACGACCCUGGCCCUUUCGCGCAUGAACUCCCUGCCGCACCGCCAACGGUGACUGUGAUGCGCAUGCUGUGCCCCACCGUUCAUGUGAGUGACUGUGAUGCGCAUGCUGUGCCCCACUUCGCAGUAGCAUUCGACUUCAUUGCUCUGCUCUGGUUGCAGGAGCAGGGGACAGAGGCACCGGAGACAAAUGACCAUGAGAGCGAAGAGGAGCUCCCCCACACUGGGUACUGUAUCGAGAAGAGAAAGGUCAAGAAUAAGGGCACGAUGUGGUUCAUGCGCCAUGAGGAACUAAAGAAGAGUGUGGAGCUAGGCCCCGCGGAAGCCUCGUCGUGGGAAAUCUACGUGGAGGACGGCAUGGAGUACCUGGGACAGACGGACAUGGACGGCGAGGGGGACGAGUGCUGCCACGAGGUUUUCGCGCAGCUUCUGCAUGCUGAGAAGACUGCGAAAGUCGGUGCAUUGGCUGGGAAGCCAGCAGAAGAUGCGCGGGUGAAAGGAGCUGCUAACGAUUCGGUUCACAACGGUUCCAGCACCGCCGUACCCGAUGAGGACUUCGGAGAGGCUAAAGCUGCUUUCGCUUGCCUUUUGCAGGAGACGGCGGAGCCGCCACCCUUGAUGCCGUUUGUCUUCAGACAGGAUGGCAAGCAAUGGCUUUUGGACGCGCAACUGAUGCGGGAGCUGGCUUUGCCUGGCCCAGAGAAGCCCGAGGGCUCGGAUGCUUGGAAAGUGGGGCGGGAAGUCAUCGGUAACAAGACAAACUAUGUCCUCGGCUGCGACAAAGCUGCUGCCGGGCGUCAUUGUGAUGUCCUGCUGGCCAGCAGGAGGAGCAAGGACAUCGCUGAUCCCGCACGCUUGGAUGCAGCCAGGAAGCACAAGGAAAAGCACGAGGAGGAAGUGCGUCGUGUGGUGCAGCUGAAGGACCGCCUAGCGCAGAAGGCUCAGCGUGCAGCAGCAGAGGAGCGUGAACAGAAGGAGCAGGCAGCAGCAAAGGAGCGUGAAGAGAAAGAGCGCGCAGCAGCAGAGGAGCGUAAACAGAAGGAGCAGGCAGCAGCAAAGGAGCGUGAAGAGAAAGAGCGCGCAGCAGCAGAGGAGCGUGAAAAGAAGGAGCAGGCAGCAGCACAAGAAAAAGGGCGCGCCCCAUCGAACCACCAGGGAAUGAUGUCGAUGGUUCCGCCUGGCAUGUCUAUGACCCCAGAACAGAUGUCACUGUUCAGCACGAUGAUCACUUUCAUGUCUCAGCAAGCGCAGGGCUCAGGAACCGCAGUUCAUCAGGCCACGGAGAAGGACGAGCGUGCGAAGCGUGAGGCAGAGGAGAAGGCUGAACGCGAGGCCAAGGAGAAGGAAGUGCUCGCAAAGCGUGAGGCACAGGAGAAGGCUGAUCGCGAGGCACGGGAGAAGGAAGAGUUCGCAAAGCGUGAGGCUAAGGAGAAGGCUGAACGCGAGGCCAAGGAGAAGGAAGAGCUCGCAAAGCGUGAGGCUGAGGAGAAGGCUGAACGCGAGGCCAAGGACAAUGAGAAGGAAGUGCUCGCAAAGCCUGAGGCGCAGGAGAAGGCUGAUCGCGAGGCACAGGAGAAGGAAGAGCUCGCAAAGCGUGAGGCUGAGGAGAAGGCUGAACGCGAGGCCAAGGAGAAGGAAGAGCUCGCAAAGCGUGAGGCACAGGAGAAGGCUGAUCGCGAGGCACAGGGGUUGGCUGCAGGUCGCAAGGAGAAGGAAGAGUGUGCAAAGCCUGCGGGACAGAACGCAGAGAAGGAAGAUCGUGCAAAGUGUGCGUCGGAAGAGCGCGAGGCAAAGCCAAAGCGUGCCAAGAAAGGAUCGCUGUCGCCGUCCCUGGCGAGCAAUCAUUGUGACCUAGUCCUGAAAAAGGUCUUCGAGGAGCAGCUGGAUGGAUCUAGCGCCUGGAGGCUAGACCACCCGCCCUUGGUGACCAACAAAGAAAGCAACCUCUUCUUUGCCUGGCCCCCACUCUUCCGUGCGUCUGAUGGCUGUGUGAUCCUCAAGACAGUGAACCACAUCCUGAGUAUGAUGGCCAACAAGGACCUUGCGUACUUUGCCGUCCCGCCCUCCAAGGUUCUGACACCAGGAAAAGAAGACCUCGCGAGUGUCGAGGUCACGCCUGUGGAAGAGAUGCCGAUUCUGAAGCUAGUUGCAGAUGACGAAGGCGUGCAGCACAAGGCUUUCAACUACGCCUGGGAAAAAUUGCACCUCCGCGGAUACUCGGAAUCGGAAGCAUCCCAUCCAGCAUGGAAUGCAUUCCGCAAAGCAAUCACCUCGGCCUCCUUGGUGAUACCCAUGAUGAAAUUAUAUCUCGGCUUAUCAUCGGCUUAUCCUGGAGUCCUUGACCUGUUUCCCAAGACCUGUCUUCGAAACAUGUCGCAGAACUCCCCGCUUGCAAGCGAUCGUUCUAUGGCCACAUCAUCCACUCCGCGGAUUGGCCAGAAACAAGGGUCGGUCAUCGAUAUCACUACACCGGAAAAGCCGCCUAUGGCCACAUCAGACACUCCGCGGAUUGGCCAGAAACAAGGGUCGGUCAUCGAUAUCACUACACCGGAAAAGCCGCCUAUGGCCACAUCAGACACUCCGCGGAUUGGCCAGAAACGCGGGUCGAUCAUCAUUACACCGGAGACGAAGCCGCCUCCAAGCACGCCGCCCCCGGUGAAGAGACUGCGGCGUGAAAUGCAGACCUUGUUGGACUCGCCGGUUACUCCCUUGCACAAGCGUAAUUUCGACCAUGGCGCCUGGAAAAGCGGUGACAAGCUCGAAGCGAAACGAGACGCUUUCGAGAGUUAUUUGGAAUCGCAACCUGCUGAGUACUUCGAGUCCUUCGCCGAGCGCGUCGCCAACGACCGUGGAGAACUCCUGGAUCCUGAUCUUCACGUUGCAGACUGUAUGACAGACUGGAUGAACACACGUGCUCUCCGGAACAGGGGCCAGUACGCAGUGAAACAGAAAGCUUGGUUCGGAUUGCAGAGUUGCCUGCGAGAUCUGCUGUUCGACUGGACCGUCCAAGAAGUGAAGGCCCCAAGCACAUGGCAUGAGAACACUUUAUCAUUUCAAGGGAAGGAAAUCUAUGCCAUCUUCAACAAAAAGGGCCCCACAAAAAUGAUUGCUGGAUUCAUGGCAGAUCCGUACCUGCAAGAGGUGGCUCAACUGAUCGUGCAUAUCUCGCAGCCUUUGGAGGACGCCUACUACAAAGCUUUGGAGGCUGCGUCCCGUGGGUGGCACGUUCAAGCCAAGUUUGCCGCAGAUCGGUCGCUGGGACAGUACAUCAGAACUGUGCACGAUUCGCUUGCGACGGUGCAAAAAGAGUCGUCGGGUUUGCAUCGCGCUUUGCGCCUGACACGCGCCACUCGUCGAACACCGCCUCAGGAUUUGCCGGCCUGGGCACAGAAGGAGUUGGAGUUGCUGCGCACAUGCAACAAGUUCGCAUUUUGCCUGGCAUCGAAUGUCUGGUGGAGCAACGCUCACUACAGCAUGGCUAUGCCUGAUUUGCUGGCCACUGUGAAUUGCCAAGACUCCGUGGAGCUCAGGUCUGCGAUGGCCCACAUAAAGACCCUGAUCUCAGCAAUUGUGGAUGCUGAGCGGCACGACAGCCAGGAUGCAGCAUGGACUGCACUGAUGGGCGACCUCGGGUGGCACAAGCAACAGCUGGCACGUGAAAGCAUGGCGCUGCUUAUCCAGUCAGGGUAUGAUGCCUCGACACCUGACCUCAAGAAGAUUGCCAAAAGGCUGUUUAUGGGGUCGGCCAGCACGAAAGACACCCUAGAAUCGACCUUCGCAUUCUUGCACCGCAAAGCUGCCACGCACUCUACAAACUUCAAAAUUUCCGACCCAUGUAAAUACCUUUACGCAGUGGUGUCGCCGUACGCAGAGACGGGAGGCUGUCCUCAGUUGUUGCCUGACCGAUCGGACUUUGACACUGUGCUUGGUCCGGCCGGCAUUCCCGAUCGUGAAUACGCUGCUCAGCAUUUGUUUUCGAUGAAGAACACAAUUCUUCCAAAGCCAAGUGUGUUGCAUCGGCCGAAGGACAUCAAGGGCUCCAAGUGGCGGAAUUCUGGACCACUGGCGCAACAGCGAUCCGCCGCUGCUGCAGCCUAUCUUGUCCGUGACAAGGACACCCGCUGGUCCAACGUGGACCUUUGCUGGAUUGGAGCCUUGUUCAAGUUGGGCAGUGUCUUCCGGAACGAGACAGAUGGGCAACACAUCCUCUCCUUGGGAUUCAGAAGAUGGGCUGCAGUCGGCUAUCCUUUGCAGAAAGUCACCCACGACGAGCAGGACUACCUCGUUUUGCAGCCGGUGCCGCAGAAGCACGCCUCGCAACAUGUGGUUUGGUUGACUUGCUUCGACUUACGAGGCCCAUGGAAACUGAUCCCCUGUGAGCCAGCCUUGCGUGCUUUCCUGCCGGCAGAGUUACUCAGCAGACAGUUGGCAUCGCCUCUGCGCAUCGUGAACGCGGAGGGGCUGCCAUUCCUGGAAGGUGGUCUUCGGGAGGGCGUAUUUCUCACUGUUGCAGAUUUGAAACAACUGUGCGCGAUGUUGGAGAUUGAUCUCCCAACGACAGGGUCUGGGAGAAAGAAGCGUGUCCUCAAGGCGGACAUCGCCCACAAGCUCAUCGGCACGCUCUUUCCGGAGGAAGAUCCUGCAGAGGUGAAGCGCAUGGUUGCUGCCAUGUGUUUCAAUCACUCUCGGACUUUGUCAGAAAAUGAGGAAAACAUUCUCAAGUGCGUGUCAGAGUUAGCAGAGGAGGACAGAGAGUGCCAUGAGUUCAAGAAGAUUGCGAUGUUGGCAAGAACCAAGCUACAAGAGCAAGAUCGCAAGCGUGCAGUCAAGCAGGCACGCACGCAAGCUGCAGAGGCUGCACAGCCUUCGAAUCCCGAAGCUCAGGCAGCUGCCGCAGCUCAGCCGCAGCCAAGGGAGGCCGCUGAGCGCAGAGAGCGCGCAGCGGAAGCAGCUCCACGGCAGCCCGGGCAAACUCCGAGCUGCUUGAAGGACCUGCUUCGCAGUUCCACAAUGCAGCAGGAGGCGACGAUCCUGAAGAACUCGGCGUACGGCUACAAAGCGAUGUACCCUAUUGAUGAUCCGACGCUGCAAGACAGCUUUCAACGCAAGUGGCCUACCACGGCGAACCCUGAAGAAGCAGACGCUUUGCUGGCAGUGUUGACCUUCAUCUACAACCGAUACAACGCCAAGCACCCGGAGGAGACAGUCGAGCGUGGAUCUGUGACUGGUCGACGCAACUCAGCUCUGGCUGCGAGGCGUGCUAGUCGUGUGGAACGUCGAAUGUCAAAGCUCCAUCUCCCAGAUGAAGAUACAGCUGACAUUGCUUCGACAUCUAUGCCGGUGGGAAAAUUCAGAAGUAUUCGCCGAAUGUCAAGUCAUGCUGCCAAUGUCGACGAGCCCUCUCCAAGCCAUUCCAAGCUGAGGGCGAGCGAGCGACUCCAGCGUGAGGUCGAGAUUACGUACCCGACAUUGAUGCCGCUGUGGCCUGCUUUCGAAGAGCUCGAAUUCCAGCCGCACCUGCAGGCCAAGCGGAAGCAUCGGAGGCGCUCUAUCCUUCACUCUGCCACAGUACCCGGCCUGGGAGGAGAAGACGACAAGCACCACCACCGGCGUGAGUCACUGCCCCAGCAGCCGCGCUUCUCUAUCGCUCCAGGCCUGCCACCACAAAUCUCGUUCGACGAGAACACUGGGAUUAUUAGAGGCUGUCCUCUGAUGGAGCACGUGGCGGGGUGCACCUACACGAUCUCAGUCUGGGAUCGCACCAGCAGUGAGGAGGCACUGGGCAAAUGCUCGGUGGCCUUCGCUGUCGCUCCUGCUGAGGUUGCAAAGCUGUGCAAUGCGGCCUUUGCUCAGGACGCGACAAGCUCCAAAGAGGCGCAUGCUGGCUAUCCGUCCACGUCCACGUCGUCUCUGGCGGCAGAUCCUGCGACCCCUUCGACCAGGGGAGAGGAGAUCCAAAGUCCGAAGCCUGCGAGCAUCCCAAGUCGUGGACUCGACGUUCCCAAAAGGUCGCCCCUGGCCCGCGUGCAGCCGGUGCACUCUGCCAGGCCGUGGAUGACUCCGUACGAGUCGCUGAAGACACCUUGGCAGAAACCUUCGAGACAAGCGGGCGUCAUCUGCCUUGGGCCGCCACUCAAGGACCGCGUGACGCCGUCUGCACAUGGGCAGCCUGGAAGCAAAGGUCGAUCCGUUCUGCCUCCCGUGCAUCUCUCCACUCCGCGUGGUGGCGGACCGCGGAUCUGA